AUGCACGUGGAGGAGCUAAGAGCGAGUUUGCAGAGCUUCGGCUGGCUGGAUUAUUUGGUCUUCUGUCUAAUGUUGGCCAUUUGUGCCGUAAUUGGGAUAUAUUUCUGCCUUCAGCUUCGAAGGGAGUCCCGGAAACAGAAGGAACUCCAUGGGGCCGAGGUGGCGGCCAGCAGUGCCGCCUCUUACCUGGUCGGUGGAAGGCAGAUGAAGGUCUUUCCCAUCACCAUGUCACUCAUAUCCAGCUUUAUAUCUGGCAUCACACUCCUGGGCACACCCACCGAGGUGUAUUUAUAUGGAGCUCAGUACAUGUACAUUAUGGGUUCCCUGGUUUUGAUGGGCUUUUGCAUGUACUAUUUCUUCCUACCCGUUUUCCAUGAACUGAAUCUAAUAUCCACCUACAAGUACCUGGAGCAGCGUUACAAUCGCAGUUUGCGGCUCUUUGGCUCUGUGAUGUUUAUUGUGGCUUCGCUCCUUUGGCUACCGAUUGUGAUCUAUGUGCCUGCCAUAGCCUUUAAUCAGGCCACUGGUGUGAAUAUUCACAUUGUCACACCCAUUGUGUGUGUGGUUUGCAUCUUCUACACCUGCAUUGGUGGCCUAAAGGCGGUGGUUUGGACGGAUGUCAUUCAGACCCUGAUUAUGUUUGGGGCCAUGGCCUUGGUAUUGAUCAAGGGAACCCUGGAUAUUGGUGGUCCCGGUGUGGUUUGGCAACGUGCCCAGGAAACCUCUCGCCUGGAGAGACCCAACUUUAGUGCGGAUCUUAGUGAGAGAUAUACCUUCUAUUCCUUGGUCCUGGGUGGUGUGGCCCAUUGGUUGAAGUCGAAUGCCAUUAGCCAGAAUAUGAUUCAAAGGUAUUUGUCGCUACCUACGCUCCGGCAUGCCAGGAUUGCCAUUUGGACAUUUAUUGCCGGUGUCCUGGCCUUUCUCCUGAUCUGUGGCUAUACGGGUUUACUCAUCUAUGCCACAUAUGCCCAGUGUGAUCCUUUGGAAACCAAACUGGCUCAAAGGAAUGAUCAAUUGCUGCCACUUUUGGUAAUGGAAACUCUUGGCGCAUAUCCAGGAUUGCCGGGUGUCUUUGUCGCAGGAGUUUUUAGUGCCGCUUUGUCAUCAUUAUCCACGGGCUUGAAUUCCCUGUCGGCGGUGGUGCUGGAGGAUUUUGUAAAGACCUUUCGAAAGAGUCCUUUAACCGAAGGACAAACUGCCUUCGUGAUGCGAAGUGUGGUUGUGGUCUUUGGCAUCGUAUUUGUGGCCUUGGUCUUUGCCGUGGAGAAAUUGGGAGCUGUUUUGCAGCUAACGAUCACUUUGUCCUCGGUGGCCAAUGGUCCAUUGCUGGGCAUCUUCACUGCUGGCGUCAUGUUGCCUUGGGUGAACUCCAAGGGAGCACUCCUGGGUGGCUUUAGUUCCUUGGUGGUCAUGGCCUGGAUGUGUGUGAGUGCUCAGCGGGAUUUGGUUACAGGGGAUUUGGUGUACAAACGGAAACCUUACUCCACAAUGGGUUGUAAUUACACCUUUGCCGGGGAGCCGAGAGAGUUUGCCAGUCUUGGAGGAGGAUUGGGAGGAGGAGGAGCUGCCAUCAGCACUGCUGCCAGUGCUGCUCCCUUUCAGCUGUACCGCAUCUCGUAUCUAUAUUUCACCUUGUUUGGCGCCUUGGUGACCAUUCUGGUGGCCUUGGUCACCAGCCUGAUCCUGCGGGAAACCAAUUUGGAUGCAGUGGAUACCCGCCUGCUGACGCCCUUUGUGAGACGCUGGCUGGAGCGACGUCGUCAUCGUUUACGAUCACAAGUGCCAGAUCUUCGAGAGAAAUCCAAGAAACUGGAGACCACCACGUGAUAGAAGAGGAUUUGAGGAUAUACAUAUGUAUAUAUCCUGGCCAUGUUUCAUGUUCCUUUCGGUAG